CACAGGUAGCAGGAGCUGCGCUGCAUGGGAAAGGAUCUUAUCCUUGGCUGAGAGAGAAUCAACACAGAAGUCAAUAUCAUUGUAAUAGAGAAGUCCAUGAGUUGGUUUCCCCAUGAGAUGAAGAACAGUUAAGGGCUACAGAGCUUUUAGGAAUUUUCCUUUCAGUUGAAUGGAGGCAACAGGGUUUGUUUUUUAUCUUUCAGAAGAAGAAAAGCUCCUAAUAAAACUACUCAUAUAUGUACUACGAACAGUUACUCUUGUUAACUUCUUAUAAACAGAAGAUCAUCAACAGAGAUACAAGGCUUUGGCCUCCAGUAGGGGAGGUAGGACCCAACUUAUGUCCACAUCCAUGUCCCUUACACAGUACGUCAUGGAACAACUCAGGGAACUGGCACCUUGAGAUGGAAGCAGCUUUCACAGUGUUGUUGCCCUUGAAAGGUAAACAAUAAACAAGCCAAAGUCCAAGUAAUACAACCCCCACACCCUGUCUCAUGUCUCUGGAUUUUACUCACUUCCAUUUGCUGUUCACCUUUCCCAUGGCGGCUGCCAAUCUGAGAGACGAGCUGACCUGCUCCAUUUGUAAGGACAUUUAUACCGAUCCCGUUACCCUGCCCUGUGGGCACAACUUCUGCCGGGGCUGCAUUGGGGCAACAUGGGACUGGCAGGAGGGGAUAGAGGAAGAUCCAUCAUGUCCUGAAUGCAGAGAGAGAUACAGGAGGCGGCCAGAACUGAAAAAAGACCUAACACUUGGUACCCUCGUAGAACAGUUCUUUCCUUCUAACCAAGGGCAGGAUGGGACUGGGAUCUUCUGCACUUACUGUAUUAACUCUUCUGUACCCGCUGCUCAAUCCUGUCUCCUGUGUGAGGCUUCUCUAUGUGAUGCCCAUGUGAGGGUCCACAGCAAGUCAGCAGAACAUGUCUUAAUUGAACCCACCACCAACGUGGGGAACAGAAAAUGCUCCGCCCACAAUGAGCCCCUAAAGUAUCACUGCUGUGAGGAUGGGGCCUGUAUCUGUGUGUCCUGCUGCCUGGCCGGGGGGCACCAGGGCCACAGGGUGGAGCUGCUGAGUGAGGCCUCUGAGAAGAAGAAAGAGAAACUGAGAAAUCUUGUAAAGAAAUGGACUUCAGAAAUAGCGGAUAUUGAGAAUAUGCAGAAAAGAGCAGCUAAUGACACAGACCAAGCGGCCGCCCUGUUUGGGGACAUCAGGGAAUGGCUAGAAGCCCUAAAGAAGCGAGUCCUGAGCGAGAUCUCCAGGCACGAAGAACAAUUUUCACUAAGAAUUUCGGAAUUCAUCCAACAGCUGGAAAAAAAGAAAAGUCAUCUGUCAAGGGAGAUCCAUCACACCGAGAAGCUGUUACAUACAGAUGAUCCAUUAAUGAUAGUACGGGGGGAAUCCAAAAAGGCUGAACUAUCAGAUAGUGAGGAGGACGAUGAUGAGGAGGAUGUUGAGGGGGGAAAUUAUAAGUUUAUUUAUGAAAAUGAUCUAAAUAUAGAUCACAUCUCUGAGAUAUUACUAACAGGUUUGAAUGGGUUUGUGAAUGGGGCAAAGAGAUGGGGCAUAAAUGGGGAGGAGGCUACAGACAUGUUGGGGGAUAUUAUGGCUCGGAAUGAGGCAGAAUUAGGAUUUAGCGCUGGGGCCCCCAGUCCCGUCUAUCAAAUCCCAGAGACAAAUAGAGACUCACAACCUGCUGCUCAGCAAAACCAGCAACUAAAACAUAAACUUAUGAAACUUUUCCCGAGCAGAAACAUUGACCCCUAUUAUGGGAAGGAGGCCGUAGGUAUGUCGGUGGAUAUAAACACUGCUAGUAAUCAGGUCUCUGUAUUGGAAGAGGGCAAACUGGUCACCUACUCGGCAACCAGGCUCCGUCGCCCCCAAACCCCACAGAGAUUCCAGGAUUUCCAGGCUUUAAGCACCAGGAGUUUCCCCUCGGGGCGACAUUACUGGGACAUGGAGGGCGGGAAAAACGGAGGCUGGAGGGUAGGAGUGGCCUAUCCCAGUAUAGAGAGGGGCGGGGCACAGUCCUACACUGGAAAUAAUGACAAGUCCUGGGCCUUGUGGAGGUGGGAUAAUAACUAUACUGUGAUACAUAAUACAGAAGAAACCAAAUUACGCUGUAAACCUGAACAUAGAAAAAUAAGGAUCUUCUUUGACUAUGAGGCCGGACGCCUGUCCUUCUAUGAGCUGAUUCGUCCAAUCAGGCACUUACACACCUUCACCGUCACCUUCACUGAGCCCCUUCAUGCUGCAUUCUGUGUAUGGGGGGAUAACGCCUGGGUGAGGAUCAUUAGUUAGGGCCCUGCCCCCUACGCUAAAGGGGACGUAUUCUCAGCUCUGUCAGCUCUGCUGCCAACAAAGCCAGGAGCCUCUCUAUUUUACUGUACGGAUUGUUUUUUUUAUAAUAAAUCAGGAUGUAACUUUCA